AUGAUGGCGACUGACUCCGAACCGACUCGCUGGCUGUUGUUGUACGGCGCGCAUCUGUACCCUGCAAAGUUGAAGACAGUCCUAGGGGACGCACAACCUCUCUCCUCCUCCACCGUCUACACGCCCGACGCAUUCCUCGCCUUCUCACUCCCCGGUAUCCCCUUCCUCGAGCCCUGCUACGCGACCGCCCUCGUGCGUUCUUACAACGACUUUGGGUCGUGGGAAGGGAGGGAGAAGGAUGGGCGGGGAGGCGGGGAGUAUAGGAGGUGGGUGUGGGAGAGGUGUUGUCCUGGGAUGGAGUAUACGGGGGAGAUGCCGCCUGCUCUCGAGGGCAUCGUCUACGAGCUCCGACCAUCAGACUUCUCCGCCGUCGUCUCCCGCGCAUGCGAGAUCAUCCCUACGCUCCCGACCGACCUCGUUACGGUUUCUUGCACGCGGUAUAAGGAUGGAGACCCCGCCAAGACGGUGGGAGACGUAGAGGCUAGUAUGCUUGUCGUGAAGGGACAGGCGCACGAGGCGGGACUGCAUCCGUCCCUUUCGUAUCUCGCAUUGAUAGUCCGCGGCGCACACCUCAACACCCUUUCGCGGACCUACCUCGCGCACCUGACCCUCCUGCGCCCAUUCGACCCCUCUCCCUCGCCCAAACCUUUCCUCGCCUCCCUGAUUCGUCUCCUGCUCCUUCCCUCCUUCCUGUUCUUCCAUCUCCCGGCGCGGAUAUUGGGCCUGCAUGGAUGGGGGAGGGUGGGCAGUUGGUUGACGGGACGGAGCGUGCGGGUCUUGAGGGCGCUCGAAGGGCGGGUGAGAGGAUGGACGGGGAGUGGGUAUGCGAAUGAGGGGAGGGUCAAGCGGACGGCGGGGAUGUAG